AUGGCGGGAAAAUUGACAGUUUUUCUUUUUCUUUCUAUUAUCGCUCUAAGCCAUGGUGAACCUCAAUCGAGUUAUGAGGCCAGCAGGAACAAGGUACCGGGAGGCUACGGACAAGGGUACUAUCCGGAUCGUUACCCGGGCAACUAUCCAAGCGGUGGCCAACAUGGACAGUAUCCAGGUUACCAGCCGGGUUUGAUCGGACCGCCGGGCGCGCAUCCAGGGUGCCCGCUCUGCGAUUCUUCGGUCUACAGCUACUGCUCUUACAAACAGGCGCAUGAUGCUUGCUGUUGCGAGCAUUCUGGUUAUUUGUCAUACAAUUGCUACAACACCAACUGCAAUUUUGUUUACGCGAACUCCUGUGAAGAGUACCAUCUCAUAACCAACUGCUGUUGUGUCGACGUACAGAAGAGGGCAGUGGACAACGUCAUUGUAUAA